AUGGAAAAUACUCAAAAACUCCAACAAUCAUCAUUCUAUUUACAUUCAAAUAAAAAUCGUCAAUUAUAUCCUUCUUCGAAAUAUCCCUUAACUCAUUUAAUUGAUCGUCAUAGUAUUGAACAUCGUCUUUUAAAACAACCAAAAUAUGUUAAACAUUUUCAAUAUUCAUUUGCUUUUCUUAUAAUAUUUAUUUUAAUUAUCGUGUUAUUUUUUCGAGGACAUAUUUAUUUUUACAAUUCAUUUCUUGGUCCUUUUCAUCUCAAUUUAGACGAAUUUGUUAAACAUGUAGAAACUUAUCAUCAAAAUAAUCAGUCAUGGUUUUGGAAAAAAGAGUAUAUUCAAGUUGAAUUAGGUGAAAAUAAUAUUCAAAAUCCGCUUAAUACUUAUGAAACUAUUCGAUAUUAUUCCGAUCCACGCACACGUCGAAAUCAUAUUGCAACAUUUAAACAUUUAAAAAAGCCUAAGAUUUAUAUCAAAUUACCAACUAUUUGGCAAAAACAUGCUCAAUCACGACUUCCAUUUCAUUUUCAAUCAUAUUCAAUUUCAACUUUACAAUGUAUUAUUAGAAAUCUUCCAUUAGAUUCAGCGUUCACAUAUAGAACAUGGGUUGAAAAAUCUGAAUAUGUUAAUUAUAUAAAUGAACAAUAUACAGCAAAUUCUACUCGAUUUAAUAUGGCAGUAUUAACUAGAUGUGGAAUUCUAAUUGGAUAUUUAUAUCAACCAGUUCAUGAAAAAGCUUUUCUACCAACUCGAGAACAUACAUUCUAUUCAUAUGAUAUAGCAUUUAAUGCUAUAUGUCAAUAUUACUCAUUUUAUAAAUUAUUCAUUUGUGGAUUAAUUUUAAUUUGGUUAUUAUUGAAAUCUUUAUAUAAUUUUACAAUUUAUGUCUCAAAUAUACUUCGUUUUAAAUUUUUUUAUAAAUUUGGAUUAUUAUCAUUUCCUUUAGCUUUAUGGUCUGAUAUAGUAGAAGAACUUUGGUUAUUAAAUCUUGAUAAUUCACCUCAUGAACAAUUAUUACAACUAGAUGAAUUUAUUCGACAAAGUAAACAUAUAUAUAACAAUCAAUUAUUCAUUAUAGAAAAUUAUUCUGAACAUUUAUUUGUAAUUAUUUUAAGAAAAAACCUUAAUGAAAAUUUGAAUGCUCAAGAUGAAUUAUCUCCAUUUAUUAUUUGUCCUGUGACUGAUAUACGAAAAAUUACUGAGUAUGAAGGUAUUUGUUAUGGACCAGAUUCAUCUUGGAUUUCAUGGCCAACAAUGCCACCAAAUGAACAAAAUUGUUCAGAUUGGUUACAUGAAGAAUUAAUACAAAUAAGUAACGAUUACAAGAAACAGUAUGAAUAUCGUCUUCGACACGAACGAGAAAACGAAUAUGGAUAUCAACAAAAUCAGCAAGAUUCGAACUAUUUAUUUCAUACGAUCAAUCAUGGUAGAAUUCGCCAACGACGAAAAUCAAUGAAAGCAAGAACUAAACAUGCUACACAAUUAGAAGAAUUCAUUCGUGAAGAAGAAAAUUUUCAACGUCUCAAACUUGAACGUCAACAAUUCCUUCAACGCAUAUUUGAACGUACUACUUCAGCUUCACCUCGAUUCAUUGCUAAUUUUCGAAUACAAAAUAAUAAUAAUAAUAAUAAAAUUGAUUUUGGUAUGGUACAAAAUCAAACCAAAUGCAUGAUUUGUUUAGAUGAAUUUCAAUUAAAUGAUUCAUAUUCUAAAUGGCCAUGUGCUUCAAAAACACCACAUAUAUUCCAUUAUGAUUGUAUGUUAAGUACAUUACGAAUGAAAAAUACUUGUCCAAUAUGUCGACAUCCUGUUGAAGCUGCUCAAAUACCAAAUAAUAUAUAUUCGCAACUUUUUCCAAGAUUAGUUUAA